GCUCAAUCGCUAGUCUUGCGUUGUGCAUGGCAGGAAUGCGAACGCCCGACCCGUACAUUUGUAGACAAGAGUUGGGUGUGUUCAUGUGUUGGGAGCUGGAUUUGUCAUCGUUCGUCAAUGUCUCGUCUCGCCGAUAUUGUGUUACGAUAAUUUAACAAUUAAGAGUCGUGUGACAGCUGAGAACUUGGGCUGACACGAAAUUAAAUUUCCGCAAUGACUGGCCUGUGGCUAGCGGUCAUUGUCCUGGCAACUUUGAGCCUCCGCUCGCUUGCCCAAGAUCUCGGUGAUGGAGAACUGAUAUAUCGUUGUCCGCAAUAUUGGCUCAAGUUCCAAGAUUCCUGCUACAGAUUCAUCAAAAGCCCUCUUCGUUCGCGUCAAGAUGCUCGUAAAAAUUGCCAGGCAUACCAAAGCGAUCUGGUCAGUAUCGACUCGUUGGAAGAGCACGGGUACCUCAUGUAUCAGUUGCUGUGGCAGGAUCCUCAGCAUCGACGGUGGUAUACCGGAGCCAGACAACAAGGAGGCUACUGGUCUAACGAAGCGGAUGGAUCGCAGUUGAUGAACAUGGAAAACGCGUUUCUCCCAGAACCGGCCGACAAUGUACAAGGAAAAGACUAUCUGGUCUACUCGUUUAGCUACAACUUGAAACGUUGGGGAUUCGAAAAAGUCACCGGAAAAGAAGAACUUCUGUACAUUUGCGAGGCUUCGGUGGUCAGCAUGCACAAUCUUGUGCAGGACGACCGCACGUAUCAGUACGGAAUAGAGAUCGACAAUCCGUUACAGGUGCCAAGAGGUCCGUACUUCAUCAAACAGCCUCGUAACAAAGUUUUCGACAUGUCCAAGAGGAAAAUAAGUAACGACGUAACUCUUCGUUGCCUGGCCGGAGGGUACCCGACACCCACUUACGAAUGGUUCAUGGAGGUUUAUGAAAAUGACCGAUUGGUCGCGAAAAAGAUCAAUCCAUUGGAUAACAGUAGAUACACGGUCAGCGGUGGCACGUUGAUUAUCUAUGAACCGGAACAGAAAGCAGAUCGUGGUUCCUAUCAUUGCAAGGCGAGCAAUGAGUUUGGAACAAUCGUGUCCGAGAGUGUGGUGCUAUCUUUCGGGUAUAUUCUAGAGUUCAAUUUGAAGCGUUCCGUAGAGCACGGAUCCCAGAACUGGGGAAAAGCCAUCUAUUGCGAUCCUCCUCAGCAUUAUCCAGGUGUCAAGUAUUACUGGACGCGUGACUACUUUCCCAAUUUUGUCGAGGAAGACAAGAGAGUAUUCGUAUCAUUCGACGGUGCCCUUUACUUUUCCGCCCUCGAACCUAUCGAUCAAGGAAAUUAUUCCUGCAAUGUGCAAAGUAUUGCUUCGGAUACCGGAAGGAACGGACCGUUCUUCCCUCUCAGAGUCGACCCUCACUCUACGUUCCAGCAGCUCACUUUCACCAACAACUUUCCCAAAGUAUUUCCCGAGGCUCCGGUAGCUGGGGAAGAAGUCAGAUUGGAGUGCAUUGCUUUUGGCUAUCCCGUUCCGUCUUACAAUUGGACACGGAGAGGAGCGGAGCUCCCACGCAGCGCGGUAUCGACGAAUUACAACCGCGUUCUCAUAAUUCCAAGGGUGCAGGUCGAGGAUCAGGGCGAGUACGUUUGUCGGGCGCACAACAACAGGGCGUCCAUAGAGAAUUCGGUUCGCUUGACGAUACAGGCAGCUCCGAACUUCACGAUCCCAUUGGUGGACAAACACGUGGACAACAGGGGGGAUUUGACCUGGACUUGCGAAGCCUUUGGAAUUCCUGACGUCAGUUACAAGUGGUACAGAAACGGCGAAAUCCUCGACAUGUACACACUUCCUCCGGAGGACAGAGAGCGCUACACCAUUCAGGACAACGUGCUGUCCAUAAGGUAUCUAGAUCCUGAGAGAGAUCAGGCCAUGUACCAGUGCAGAGCUAGGAAUCAACUCAGGACAAAAUACACCUCUGGGCAAUUGAGGAUAUUAUCGCUGAAGCCCACUUUUAAGAAGAGACCAAUGGAGUCGGAGACAUACGCCGCCGAGGGUGGUAACGUGACGAUCGUGUGCAAUCCCGAAGCGGCACCUCGUCCGAAGUUCGUGUGGAAGAAGGACGGAAACGUGAUAGGUUCGGGAGGGCGUAGGAGGCUUCUCGAGAACGGAAAUUUGAUAAUAAGUCCCGUUUCGCGAGACGACGAAGGGAUGUACGUUUGCGUCGCGUCCAAUCAAUACGGGUCGGACGAGACCAGGGGACGAGUUAUCGUAUUACGUGGUCCACGGUUCAUCGAGAGCUUGAACCGUCGCAUAGUGUCGGCGGUGAAUUGGAAUUUGACGAUGCGUUGUUUAGCCGAGACGGAAGAAGUCCUGGACAUCGCUUACAUUUGGACGCAUAACGGCUUGCGUAUCAGGGACAAGGAUCUGUUGGCGAAUCCUCGACUCAGAAUCGACGCCGGAAUCCUCGACAUAAUAAACGCUACGUUCUCCGACGCGGGUGACUACGAGUGCAUAAUCAAGAGCGCCGUGGGAAGGAUCUCCAGCAGAGCCAGAGUCGUCAUCGAAGGACCGCCGGGGCCUCCCGGUGGCGUACAAGUCGUCAACGUUGUUAAAACUUCCGUUGCGUUGCAAUGGACGGACGGAGCGAUGAACGGCAGGCCCAUAACGAUGUACACGGUCAGCGCGAGAACGAACUGGAACCAAACUUGGUUUCCGUUGGCCGAAAACAUAACGGCGAACGAGAUAGACAGGUACAACGGUCGCAAGGAGGCUUACCUGGAGAACGUUUUGAACCCGUACACUACCUACGAAUUCCGUAUCUCGGGUGUCAACGAGUUGGGAAUAGGAAACCCGUCGACUCCGUCCCCUCAAUACAGCACUCCCUCGGACAGGCCGGGAAUGGCGCCUCUGAACAUCGGCGGUGGAGGAGGCAAGAUCGGGGACUUGACGAUAACCUGGUCACCGUUGAAACCUUCGGAACAAAACGGCCCCGGGAUAUACUACAAGAUUUACUGGAUGCGAAAGGACCACGACUCGGAGUUUCAGUCCCUGGAACUCAAGGAGUACGGCAACACGCGUAUGGCGGUCGUGCAAAUCCCAACGCAGUUUUACUACACGGAAUACGUGGUGCGGGUCCAAGCGGCCAACGAAAUCGGUUUCGGACCGAUUUCGGGCAACUUUACGAUAUUCAGCGCCGAGGAUAUGCCCCAGGUAGCCCCGCAGCAGGUUUACGCUCUCAGUUACAACAGCACCAGUCUCAACGUCAGCUGGUCGCCGAUAGAACAAACGCGGGAAAGAGUGCACGGCAAAUUGAUAGGUCACAGGCUGAAAUACUGGAAGAAGGACAAUCGCGAGGAAGACUCGGUCUACUACUUGUCGCGUACCACCAAACCGUGGGCCCUGGUCGUCGGUCUCCAGCCCGACACUUACUACUACGUCAAGGUGAUGGCCUACAAUUCCGCCGGCGAAGGACCCGAGAGCGAGAGGUACCUGGAGAGAACUUACAGAAAGGCACCGCAGAAGCCUCCGUCGUCGGUGAACGUGUACGGCGUGAAUCCCUCGGAGGUUCGCGUCGUCUGGCGUUACGUCCAACCCAGUUUGGAGGAAGAGCCCCUGAUCGGGUACAAGAUACGGGUGUGGGAAGUCGACCAGGACAUGAGCACGGCGAACGACACGAUCGUACCCGUGGGCUCGAAACUCGAGGCGUACAUAACGAACUUGAGUCCAGGGAAAUCUUACCACAUGAGAGUCUUGGCGUUCAGCAACGGCGGCGACGGCAGAAUGUCGAGCCCCGAGCACACCUUCCAGAUGGGCGAUCCCAACAUCUACAGGAGCUCGGCGAGCAAACGGAUUCUGAACGCCGGUCUGGGGGUCGCCCUGUUGCUCCUUUUCAGACUUUUAGACCUCGCGUAGGGACCGAGCGGUAAGUCGCGUCGAUAAAUUCAAACACAUUGGUCAGACUACAUUCCAAAUUUACACAGGGUAAAUAGGCUGCUACCGCUACGAUUUUACUCAUUUCAGACACACCGACCCACGUCGAUCGAUCCUCGCGAUCGUUUCAUCGCGAUUUCAUUCCACCGUUUGUAUUCAAAGAUCGUCACUGUGACCUGAUCUUUUUCUUCUUUCUUUCCUUUCUCCGUCUUCGUCGUAUUCGAUUGGGCAACACACGAAAUUGCGACAUCAUUCUGAGAGCAAAUUUCGAAUGUCGACGAUUCUCCGAGAUCGCCAAUAUCAGUUAUAAUUAUGGUAUGCAGUACCUUUGACAAUAGCGUCUAGAAUUGUAGAUAAUAAAGGGGGGAAAAGCGAAUAGCGAUCGGGUAGAACGAAACGUCGCGCUGUAUCCCCGAGGCAGCCUUUAACUUAUUUCACUUGCGUCCAAAAGAUAAUAAUUUUCAUUGCAGCUUGUACUCGAGUAACCGAUCGGUAUUUCCCGUCGAUUCUCUCGGUACGACGUCCGGAAUGAUUCCGAAACGCUGACAAUUAAAAACUAACACAUAAGUAUAUUCUUACAACGUCUGAACUAUUUAGAAAUAUUUUUAAUCACAUUUUGAUAUUACUAGUAAUAGGUAUCCCUGAAAAUAGCAAUUAGUACGAAUUAAUGAUCCGACGUUAGUGUCGCGUAGAAAGAGGACAACUGAGCUGAAUGAAGGAGAGUUGAAAAAACGUUUUCGCAUAAUCGAAUCUGAUCAAUUAGCGAGUACAGAUUUUGAACAGAAUCUCUCUUAACAUUUGUAAAUAGAUAUCGAGACGGCGAUCAUCCUCGUCAGCUAUAUUUUCGUUUAUGCGGUCCCUUUUCUUUGUCAAAGGUUGAGCGGCAACAGGUUCCGUCCAUACAAACCUAUAUUUAUAGGAAUAUAAACAUACGUAUAUCGGCGUACAUCAAAUAGCAUAAAAUUAAUAUUUUAACUAACUUGUAGAUUUUUAUUAUUUUAUUUCUCUUUUUAUACGGGCUAUUCCCGAAAUUCUAUUGAAAUUCAUAUCGAUUUUAUAUUUUCUAUAAUUUAUCAUUCGCCCGUCAUCACGAUCACAUCCAUGGGCAGCAACACUUUAUUCGCAUAUAGUACAUAUAACUACGUACAAGUAUGUAUACACGCAUUGAAUAUGCGGUCGAGUAUUUUGUACCGCGGUAAAAAAACCGCCAAGUUGAAUAAAUUUUUCACCGACAUCGCAA